AUGCUUGCUUCUUCAAGCGGUGACCACAAGAGGAAGGCGCCGGAAGGUGGUGAAAUGACGCACUCGCCGCCGCCGCCAGGGCUCCCCAUUCCGCCGAAUCAAAGGGAGGGAGCGGGAGCGCCGCCGCCGCCGUUGAACCUGCAGUUCCGGCUUGGUAGUCAACCAGGAGCGCCGUCCCUAGCGUCGCCGCCACGGUUCCCCACUCCGCCGCCGUUGAACCCACAGUUGCAUCUAGGUCAACCUGGAGCGUCGUCAUCGUCCCUUGGCUUAAACGUCAGGCCGUACGCGCCCCAACCUCUUAAGUAUAAAAGGGCUGUGGUGAGUGAAAUGCUGGAGGAAUUGUGUAAGCGGCAGUAUGAGGCGGAGAGGCAGAAUAAGCAGAUGGAAGCCAUGCUUGCCAAUUACAGAACUCAAGCUUUGGCCAUGGCAGAGAGGGUCAAUACUCUUGAGAAAACCAACGCUGCUCUCAAUGUCGCCCUGCACCAAGGAGGCGGCGGCGAUGCGGCGGGGUUGUGCAAAAUAUGCCGGAGAGAGUCUGCAACGAUGAUGGCAUGGCCGUGCCGACAUCUUUGCCUGUGCAAGAGCUGUGCGGGAACAACCAAUGGCUGCCCCAUUUGCCUUGCUACAUUCCAGGACUGUAUUGAAGUCAGAUUUUACUAA